AGGAAGAGGGGGAGAGCGAGGAGAUGGAGGUGAUGCAAGCGUUGUUUGACUUGCGGACUGCACCCGCCAUUGCGGCGGUGCACGUAUGAAAUGACCCAGGGGUCGGUGGGGGCGUUGUGCUGACGAGGUAUGACAAGGUGCUGCCUGAUGAGGAGUGCGGUUUCGGUUUAGAGACAUCAAUGCAGACAUAACGUUUAGGGAUAGACAGUUGCUAGGAUGGAGGUUGUUUACCAGGUGGGUCUGUCGGUUGAUGGGUGGUAGCUCAUCGCCUCAAAGGAGGUCACGGCGACGAUGACGCGGUAGGUGUCUUAGGACCCAAACUGUGCAACACUCGGACCGCCGGUCUCAUGCUUGACUGUUUGCUCCCACGCUCACCUGGAUUGCGUCUGCGACCCGUAGAGUAUGGUCUUGACGUAAGAUACACUCACACGUGGGGGACCCUAGGGGGGCGUUUGCUCUUGCCCUGUCUUCGGCCCUGUACACCGGCUUGUACGCUCGCCCUGGUGUUUAAAUCCGAGUCCGAAUUGGCUGCAGGAAAGGGGUUCCGGUGGCCUUGCAUGUGUGAUAAAGUAUGUAUUUACUGAGUACUGUACGGUUAUUGCGGUUGACUAGUACGGCGUGCACGAUUAAUGACUAAAUGACUUUUUCUGUCUUCAAUGAUAUUUUCCUCUUUCGAAUACAUGACAGGCUUAGGGCUCCUCUUCUUUUUUUAGUAAUAGCUGCUGUGUCUCGGACUUUAGGUUUGCGGACUUCUGCAGCGGUUAGGUUUCAUAGCGCUUUUAGCUUUUAGGUCACUCGUGAUGAGCGCUCCAUGCCAGCAAGUUUCCGAAAUAUUCUAAGACCUGGUUUAACCUUCUCUUACUGUUACCAACGACGAAUGUCGCUUGCCUCUAAAGCCGCUCUUGCAGUUCCCAAGGACCGUGCAAACCUCUUGGACCGCGCUUGGAGCGAGGCAGCCCAGCUGUACCUGCAGGAGCUGGUCCCGCGCUUCGACCCCUGGCUGCAGUCAGCGCUCGUCGAGCUUCGGCAGCAUGAGCUGCCUGCCGGGCCCAUCAUCGUGCCCUGCUGCGGACCGGGUCACGAGGUGGUUCUGCUGCAUCAGCUGUACGGCGGUCGUCGUACAGUGCUGGGUCUGGACCUAUCUCAGGGCAUGGUGGCACUCGCCAAACAGGCCAUCCAAGACUACCUACAGCAGCAGCAGCAGCUGCAGCAAAGGGACAGAGGGGCUGGAGGGGCCGCAGCAGUAGCUGCUGCUGCCGAGCCAGUAGUUCCGGCGACACCGCUAGAUGCCCGGGUGGCCGAUGCGAGCUGUCUAGAUGGCUACGGACCAGCGGCGGCGGUUGUGUCGGUGUUUGGUCUGCAGCAGAUGGGACCCCUGGCGCCUCAGGCACUUGCUUCCUGGGCGCGAUGCCUGGCGCCUGGGGGCUUGGCGGUGGUGGUGUUGUGGCCGACCAACGUGGAGCGCAGUGGCCCAUGGGUCACUUUUGACCAGGUGGUGCUCGAGAAGGCGGCAGCGGACGCCGGCCUGCCGCCCCCCGCCCCUGACGCUGCUGCCUGCUCUCCUCGCAGCGAGUGGGAGGUGCAGCUGACCCAGCCAUGUGUCCGGGAGGUGCCGGGGGUGGAGUUGUUGACGGACCGGCUGGUAACCCACCCGAUCGAGUGGGACUCGCUGAACAACUUCUGGCAGGUUAUGACGGAGGGAGGCCCCUGGCGUGCGCGGCGCCUAGCCCAGGGGGAAGAGGUCAUGAGCGACCUGCGCAACCGCUUCUUCUCCAAGUUGAUUGCUGCAUGUGGGGACGCAGGCAGCCAGGAGCCACUGCUCCGGGAAGCACCGCACCACUUGCAGCGGGAGCCAGGGCAGCACCAGGAGCAGCAGGGGCAGCAGCAGCAACGUAACCAGCAGCAGCAGCAGCAGGAGGGUGGGCGGUUGGUGCAUCAUCCGUCCGCAAGAUUGAUAGUCCUGCGCAGGAGGCGGGAGGAGGGGCUGCAGCAGGAGCAGCUGGAGCAGAAGGAGGCGGUUGCGGGUGACCAGCAGUGGCAGGAACAUGGUAGUGGUGGAGGAGGUGGUGGUGCGGAGCUGGAGGGGCGGGCUAACCGUUUGAGCACGGUAGCUGUGAAGUUGUAACAGACGUUGCAAGCACCGCUGCUGUCGAUGGAGGCGGAGCUGUUUGUCGGGUACCAUAUGUGCGUAGCCCUGUUGAGGGUAGCUCCGUAGAGGGUGGCUCCGUAGGUCAGCGUCUUUGGCCAAGUAAUGACGUCCUUUGCAAGGUAUUCCCUUGGCUUGUAGACGGGGCAGCGAAGGAGCGGGGGGUCAAAGACCAUAUCAAACCAUAGGAGACCACAAGGGGGGGGGUGCAGGGCCAGGGCUGCUGAAGCUGGAAAGCGGGGGGCGCUGUUGCGCUGUGCUGUUUCGUACGUCAAAGCAACCGGAA